AUGACCCAGAUUACCAGCGCCGUCCUCCACCGUGACACCCGCUUCGUCCCUAAAAAGGCCAUCGGGGGAAAGGGGAGCUACCUCUUCCUGGAAGAUGGUACCAAGUUCCUUGACUCCACUGGCGGUGCGGCCGUCUCGUGCCUUGGACACGGCCAUGAGAGGGUCAGCGAGGCGGUCAUCGACCAGAUGAACAAGUUAGCCUACUGUCACACGGCAUUCUUUGGCACCGACGUGUCCGAGGAACUGGCGACCUUCCUCUGUGACUCCACGGGCGGCAAAAUGACAAAGCUUUACGUAGUCAGCUCCGGCUCCGAAGCAGUCGAGGCCGCGCUGAAGCUGGCCCGUCAGUACUUCCUCGAGAUCUCCAACCCUCAGCCCCAGCGCACCCGAUUCAUCAGCCGUCUUCCCUCCUACCACGGUAUCACGCUCGGUGCACUCAGUGCGGGCGGCCACGUCUACCGUCGCAAGCCAUUCGAGCCUCUUCUCUCCCAGAACACAUCCCACGUGUCACCGUGCUACGCUUACCGGGGCAUGAAAGAAAACGAGUCAGAGGCGGACUAUGUCCAGCGGCUCGCCGACGAACUGGACGCCGAGUUCCAGCGGGUCGGACCCGACACCGUUUGUGCCUUCAUCGCAGAGCCCGUCGUCGGUGCUGCUCUCGGCGCCGUCCCCGCAGUGAAAGGAUACUUCAAGGCCAUGAAGGCCGUCUGCGAGAAAUACGGUGCGCUGUUCAUCCUCGACGAGGUCAUGUCCGGCAUGGGCCGCUGCGGCACCCUGCACGCCUGGGAGCAGGAGGAUGUCGUGCCCGACCUCCAGACCAUCGGCAAGGGUCUGGGUGGCGGGUACGUGCCCGUAUCGGGGGUCCUCAUCAGCAACAAGAUCGUGAAGGCCAUGGACCAGGGCUCGGGUGCGUUCCGCCACGGCCACACGUACCAGGGCCAUCCGAUGGCGUGUGCGGCGGCUCUGGCGGUGCAGAAGGUCAUCAAGGAGGAAAACCUGCUGGAGAAUGUGCGGAACAUGGGCGCCUACCUAGAGCAGCAACUGCGGAGUCGGCUGGAAUCGCAUCAGUACGUGGGAGAUAUUCGGGGGAAGGGGUUGUUCUGGGGAAUCGAAUUCGUGAAGAAUAAGGAGACUAAGGAGCCGUGGCCGGUUGACAUCCCGGUGGCUACCUAUAUCCAGGAGACGGGAUUGAACCCGGACUAUGCUAUCUCUCUGUAUGCAGCGUCGGGCACCGUGGACGGCACGCGCGGCGACCAUGUCCUGCUCGCGCCUCCUUAUAAUGUCAGCAAGGAGGAGAUUGAUAUCAUUGUUGACACGACUGCUCGCGUUAUCGAUCGUGUUUUCGAGCAGAUUGGCGGGCUUGAUGACCUGGUUGCUAUGCUGAACGACGGUCCACGCCGCGGCUAG